AUGCACAGCACGCCUUCGGUGGACAUGGUCCAGAAAUUUUCAGACAUUUUGCAAAACGAAGAAGAGCCGCUAAAGCUGAGGUUUAGAGCGCUUUUUGCGCUCAGAAACAUCUGCACAGAAGAGUCCGUACACGGGAUUGCCAACGCAUUCAGCACUUCAUCCGUUCUUUUGAAGCACGAGCUGGCAUAUGUCAUGGGGCAGAUGCAAAACAGAGCCGCGCUUCCAAUUCUGCAGCGCGUUCUUGAGGAUGGCAAGGAGGACGAGAUUGUUCGGCACGAGGCCGCCGAAGCAAUAGCCACGUUUGGAGACGCGCAAUACGAGUCCUUGCUGCGGAAGUAUUCUGACAUAGCCGUGUCAAACAGCAAGGCGGUCUCAGAAACAUGCCAAAUAGGCGCGGAGCUUAUUGCAAACGGAGGCGCCAAGAAGUCGCCGUACGGGUCCCUGGAUCCUGCUCUGGCGUCGAGCAAUCUGUCGCUUGAAGAAAUGCGGGGCAUAUACCUUGACGAGAGCAGGCCGCUGUACGAAAGAUACACUGCUAUGUUUGGCCUGCGAGACACAGGCACAGAGGAAGCCGUGGAAAUUCUGGCAGAGGGGUUUAACGCAAAGGACAGGUCGGAUCUUUUCGAGCACGAAAUUGCAUUUGUGUUUGGGCAGAUGUCGCACCCUGCUUCGGCAAAGCACCUGGCACGAGUCCUUUUCGACGAGUCCCGCCAUGAGAUGGUCAGACAUGAGUGUGCCGAAGCGCUGGGAACUAUUGACACGGAGGAGGCAAAGCAGGCUUUGCUUGCGCUGAAGGACAUCCCAAACAGAAUCAUUCGGGAAAGCGUUGAAAUAGGCCUGGACAUACACGACUACCACUUCGCAGACCCGAGCCUAGAAUACAUUGUGGAGAAGUUCGAGUAG